AUGUCGCAGCCAAAGAUUACGCUAACGUCCUUCAACAUGCGCACCGCCGCGGAGGAGAAAGUUUACCUGGCGCUCGUCAUGACGGGCACCGAGUUUGAGAAUAAGUUCGUGGAUUUCAUGGACUGGGGGAAAGUCGAAGCCCCCCAGACCCCCUUCAACCAGCAACCAAUCAUGACCGUCACCGACCCGGACGGCACCGUGAAGACCUUUGCCCAGAGCGCGGCGAUGAUGCGCUGGGCGGCCCGCAAGCUCGACAGCACGGACACCCUCUACCCGGCGGACCCCGACAAGAUGCUCGAGAUCGAGGAGGCCAUCAGCCUCUCGGAUGACAUGGCCAAGGCGUGGCAGCCCGCCUUGAACAUGGGCGAGGGCCUCCAUGCAAAGUACGGGCACCCGCAGGUAUGGCCGGAGUUUCAGGACACGGUGAAGAAGCUGCGCGAGACGUUCAUUGCCGAGAGCCUCCCCCUCUUCAUGUUUCAAUUCUCCCACAAGCUCGAAGCCACCGGAGCCUUCUUCUGCGGUGACAAGCCCACCAUUGCCGACCUGCAAAUUCUGGCCCAGCUACGCUACUUCACCAGGGGUGAAGCUGACCACGUCCCGGCCGACUGCCUGGCACCUUACACGGCGGUAACAAGCUGGAUGGACAGGAUGUAUGCCAUCCCUCAGAUUAAGGCCUGGUACAAGCUGUAA